UUGGUGGAAACCAGCAGGGCGAGAGGAAAAGAGCUCGUGUCGUGAGAAUUGUCAAGUUCAGCCAGGCCAGCCAACCCCACAGAGCCAGUGCUGCAUCGGACGCCACACCACUCCACACCGCCAAAAAUACCGCGCCCGCUUCUCUGUAGCCGCCCUCGGGGAUUCGGCGAAGUCAGGACAACUCUGCGGACGUUGCUGCCGCAUUUUAGGAAGAGUCAUUUACCCCAAAGUUUCCGGAAAUACACCGCAGAGGGCAUCGGUGUGGCGAUGGCUGCGUACAAGCUGGUCCUGAUCCGCCACGGGGAGAGCUGCUGGAACCAGGAGAACCGCUUCUGCGGCUGGUUCGACGCGGACCUGAGUGAGACCGGGGAGCAGGAGGCAAAGAGAGGAGGACAGGCCCUGAAAGAUGCUGGCUAUGAAUUUGAUAUUUGCUACACCUCUGUCCUGAAGAGGGCCAUCCGCACCCUGUGGUUUGUUCUGGACAGCAUUGACCAGAUGUGGCUCCCCGUCCACCGGACCUGGCGCCUCAACGAGCGCCACUACGGUGGCCUGACGGGGCUGAACAAGGCUGAAACGGCAGCCAAACAUGGAGAAGCCCAGGUCAAGAUCUGGAGGCGCUCUUUUGACAUUCCUCCCCCACCCAUGGAUGAGGGGCACGACUACUAUCAGACCAUAAGCAAGGACCGGCGAUAUGCUGACCUGACGGAGGACCAGCUUCCCUCCUGUGAGAGUCUCAAGGACACCAUCGCCAGGGCACUGCCCUUCUGGAACGAAGAAAUCGUUCCCCAGAUCAAAGAGGGAAAGAGGGUGCUGAUUGCCGCUCAUGGCAACAGUCUCCGGGGCAUCGUGAAGCAUCUUGAGGGGAUGUCAGAGGAGGCCAUCAUGGAGCUGAACCUGCCCACAGGCAUCCCCAUUGUCUAUGAGCUGGACAAGAACCUGAAGCCUAUAGGACCCAUGCAGUUCCUGGGAGACGAGGAGACGGUCAAGAAGGCCAUGGAAGCUGUGGCUGCUCAGGGCAAAGCCAAGAAAUAGACUCACCCUCCCUCAGGGGUCUAGAUUACAGAUCAGUCAUUUGCUGUCCAGUUAUCAACUUAAAAGAAGGUCAUUGACUGUUCGUGUCAUCACAAACAUGCACAAACACAAUGUGCACUUUAUUCUAAUAAUACCCAUCUUUCACGCAAACAUACAAACUGGUGUUUGAUUUGAUUGGUCGUUAGUUUUUGACGUACUGAAACACACAUUUCAUUAUUAGACUAUGGAUAUCUGCUGUAAUUUGGUUUACGCACUGACCAAAAACUGCAAAUUAGGGACCAGUGGAUAGGAGCAAACAUAGACUAAACCUGCAGAGUCAUCCCAAGUACUCGUUCCUAAAUUAUGAUCUGUGUAGGCGAAGCUCAGUGGGAACAGUAUAACCUAUAAAGUAACACUGGCUGCUGUCAAAAGGGCAAUCUGAUACGUUCUGCACUGCUGAAUUUUGUUUGCUGUGGCAUUGUGAGAAAAAGAAUAAAUAUUGUGAGCUAUUAUGUGCUGUAA